CUGACUUUGACGUUCAGGUAUCGUCAAGCUGUGGGUGAAGCUUUUUGGGAAGCUCCAACAUUAUAUGCAUUCUCAUACAUAAUAAUCGUGCUAGGAUGCUGUAUGAUCGUUAUUUCGUUCGUUGGUUGCUGCUUCGGAAAUGGCGGGAACCGAGCUGUACUUAUAUGUUACGCCAUAGCAUUGUUUCUUCUUCUUAUAGGAACUCUGAGCUGCGGAAUAUAUCUGUUUUAUAAGAAGGAUGGGGAAGGUGUCAUUUUUAGAAUUUGGGUCGCCCUCAGUAUAGGUCUGUCAAUAACGUUGAUAGUUUUCUCUGCUGUCAUCCUAUGCAUCGUCCUUGCGUUAGUCUUUUCUCUUUACCUUCUCUUCAAUCCACCAAAGCAAGUCCGUGUGGUCAGCGUUCCUCAUAAAAGAGUUGCGAGACCGACUUUGAGGAGAGAGGACAUCCAGCGUCACAACCUUGCCUACGACCGACGUAGAAACUGA